AUGAGGAUGGGUGUUUGGGCAGUGCAGGUGCGCGCGCUGUGCGUGGCGCUGCUGUGGCUCCCUUCACCUGCACGCGCACAAUCUCCGGACAGCAAACAAGCCAUGUGUUCAGGCACUCAGAAUGUGCUGAGUUUGUCAGUAAAUUCAGAUUUUCAGUACCAGCAGAUGAAGAAGCUAUAUACUGGCUGCCAGAUCGUCAUGGGCAACCUUGAGAUCACUCACAUGGAACACAACCAUGAUUUGUCCUUCCUGAAGUCUAUUCGUGAGGUUACAGGUUAUGUUCUAAUAGCCAUAAACCAGUUCAAAUACCUGCCUUUGGAGCAGUUACGUGUGAUCAGAGGAACGUCACUGUACAAAGGGCGCUUUGCUCUUGCUGUCUUAGUUAACUACCAGAAGGAUGGAGAUGACGGAGUACAGGAGCUUGGCUUUACACAUCUGACAGCUCUGGAUAAGCAGCCCAGGAGCCUCAUUAAGAGUUUCAUUGCAUGA